AUGGUAUCACAUACAUUGAGUGCUGUCGAUUAUGUUCUUCUUGCAAUACUUCUUCUAUCUUCAGUUGUCAUUGGCGUUAUAUUUGGAUUUUUUAAAUCGAAGAAAAGCUCAGCUCAAGAGUUUCUCUUAGCUGAUAGAAACAUGUCAGCAUUUCCAACAGCACUCAGCAUUAUGGUGUCUUUUCUUUCGGCUGUUACUUUGUUAGGCACACCGAGUGAAAUCUAUAUAUACGGUACUAUGUAUUGUUAUCAAGGUAUUUCGUGGAUAAUUGCUUCAAUAGUGACAGCACUUGUAUUUGCACCGAAAUUUCGCGAAAUGAAAUUUAUAAGUGUCUAUGAAUAUUUAGAAAAGCGUUUCGAUCGAGCAGUACGCAUAAGUGUUUCAUUGACUUACUCAUUAAUUAUGUUUAUUUACAUGGCUCUUGUACUUUAUGGACCCGCAUUGGCAUUUAGUCAAACUAGUGGUUUGAAUAUUUGGCUCUCGGUUGUUUCAAUCGGUGUGAUUUGCACGUUCUACUCUUCCGUGGGUGGCAUGAAAGCAGUUAUUUGGACGGACGUUCUACAAGCAAUCGUAAUAGCUGUUGGUCUUCUUGCAGUCGCUAUUCAAGGUUUGAUUAUACUCGGUGGUUUUAAACGGACAUUUUCAAUAGCAUCACGAGGUGGCAGAAUUGAAUUUGAUAGCAUUAGCUUUGAUCCUCGUACUCGUCAUACAAUAUGGUCAUUGCUCAUAGGUGGUUCAAUCAAUUUACUUGCUACAUAUGGAUUUAAUCAAGCACAAGUACAACGUUAUAUGUCUAUUCGUUCUACACAUGGUACUAAACAAGCGUUAUAUAUUAAUGCAGUCGGUUCUGCAUUUGUCGUCUUUUUCUCGGCUCUAAUUGGCGUUAUCAUCUAUGCAUAUUAUGCCGAUUGCGAUCCGUAUACAAGGAAAGAAAUUGAAGAUAUCGAUCAAAUUCUUCCGUAUUUUGUCAUGGAAGUAUUGAGUGACAAAAAAGGUUUACCAGGUGUAUUUCUUGCUUGUAUUUUUUCCGGUUCACUCUCAACAAUUUCAUCUGGAUUGAAUAGUCUAUCAGCAGUAAUAAUUGAAGAUAUUUACAAAGGAUUAUUGAAUCGGCAAUUGACUGAUGAACGACAAGAAGGCCCUAUCAUGGGUGUUUUCGUUCUUGGUUUUCUUUUUCCACGAGUCAAUCGACGAGGUGGACUUGUCGGAUUUUUCGCAAGUCUCCUCUUUCUAUUAUGGAUCUUUUUGGGUGCUCAAAUUACAAAGAAACAGAUGAAAAACGUCGGUUUACCACUAUCAAUAGCCAAUUGUAGUGAUACAACAAAUACAAAUUGGACAAUAACGACCACUAUAAUGUCUACUUCUUUGAAACGUGAUCCUCUUAUUGAUUUGUAUUCGAUAAGUUAUAUGUGGUACACAUCGAUUGCAGUUGGUACCGUUGUACUUGUUGGUAACAUUGUCUCGUAUUUGACUCAUCCGCUUCAACCUCAUGAGAUUGAUCCGAAAUUGAUUAUACCAGUGAGUGAUGUGUGCUGUUGUUUCUUACCGGAACGAUGGCGUGAAUGGCUUCGAUGUGGUGUCGAUUAUGAAAUCUAUCACAAGAGACAAAACAAUAACAACGAAGUGGAAAUGACAACAACUCACACAGAUGGUACUAAUCAUACGAAUUCAAGUGCACAAAUUCUCAAUACAGACUCGAAAAAGUUAAUACGAUCGAAUACGGUAUCGCCAGUUCCAAUUGUCUUUUCACCUUCUGUACCUAGCACAGUCAAUGAAGCUCAUGAAAGCUCGUCUGCAAAUUGA